AUGUUUCUUUGCAAAAUACUAUAUUUAUCGGCACUUUUACUGAUUUUAGUGCCACUGAUUAUUUCGUUACCAUAUCAACAUCAUGAUGUGCAGAAACGAAGUUCCUUUUUCGACAUCGACUGCAAAGGUGUAUUUAACAAAUCCAUAUUUUUUCGAUUGGAUCGAAUAUGUGAGGACUGCUACAGUCUGUUUCGAGAAGUUGAGUUGCAUGCGCUUUGUAAGAAGCAAUGUUUUACAACAGAAUUUUUCAAAGGAUGUCUGGAAGCAUUGCAAUUGCACGAUGAAGUAAAUGUUAUAAAAAGUUAUAUUAAGGUGGUGAAUGGAGCGGAUCCGCAUUUAGGCAAUUAA